AUGUUUUCCCGUUGUCUUCUUGGGCGUUCCUGGAAUGCUUCACAGACAGCUGCAGACCGACUCUUGGCAUCUCAGCACCAUCAUCGACUGAUUGAUAGUCGUUACUGGGACUGUACAACACCAUCUAAAGCUCUUUCCGUUUUAGGAGUGCUCCUUCGAUCAGGUACCAUCAUAGACAAACUCGACAACGCCGCCUCAGGGGCCUUGAAUGCAAUGGGACCUAGCAUGACAAGGAGCGAGCAGGUUCUUUUAGGGAAGUGGUCAUCUUUGAUGCGUUUGAAAGCUUCUGUACGUUGUUCCUCAAGUCCCUCCACCUCUGCUGCCGAAUUGGGUAUCUCUAAUAGGGACGUCCACAAGAGUGUCGUGACGUUGUAUUCUUUUUUUGUAGGUGAUUCCCAGACGAGAAUUUCGGCAGAGGAGAGUCCCAUUAUUUUUUCCUCAGAUUUAGUGCUUCAGUUAGACCCCAUUGGGACUUUAAUGUUUUUAGAAAUGCUGCUUUCGACUUCGUUUCAACAGGACGCUGCUUGGCGAAAUGAAAACAUUACUGUGGCGCUCCUUACUCGUCUUCGAUCUCAUGUGAUGUACAGCAAGGUGAUUGGACUCAGGGCCAUUCAGUGGAUCCUUGACGUUCUCGGUGAUAAAGAGUCCUUGUUGUGUAGAAGGCCGGUCGAGGGGGGUCGUCUCUUUAGGGCUUGUCUCCGACGUCUUCAUGAUAUGCUGCCCGAAUUGACAGCUGGUGACUGUCUCUUGAUAUUUCCAUUACUGCAAAAUACACUCUAUGACAAGCCGUUUGUUAUCUGUGCGGAAAUUAUGAAGCGCCUUGUGGUGUGUGAAGUAGAGGAGUUGACUGCGGUCCCAACCUCCGUCAUACUACAUACCUUGGAGUGCGAAGAGCUGGUUCCCCGAUUGCGCCGUAGACUUUACCAACUUCUCUGUGAGGAUUAUCGCAUAGGAAGUCUUGGAAAGGGAGAGUGCCUGUUUCUUCUUUCGAUUAUAGCCACCUCAUCACCUUGCAUGGAUGAGGCCGAACAACCCAAGUAUGAUAAUGACAAUGAUUUUCUCCUUUGCGAAUCCCUGUUUGCGCAGCUUUACGUUACUGCCAAAAGCAUGAAUGCCAUGGAGUGUGUGACAGCCCUUGAAUACAUGGAGGUUUUGACCCUCUCACAGGUUUCAGUGCCAGCCUCUUCCGACUUAUUGGAACGACUAAAAAAAAGAUUAUUUUAUGAGACUAGGCAUGCGUUGAGGCAAUCUAAUUUGUCGGCGCGGGAGCUAAAGUGUGAGCUUGAGGCAAUACAUCGCAUUGAAGGAGUCCUCAGAAGAUGUGUUCUUCUUCCUUUUCUUGCUGACGAUGCGGUGUUGAUUGAGGACCUUGUCACAAAAAUUAAUUGUCGUCUAGAAAAACCUCUGGAUGGAACCUUGUUCUGA